UCUACCUGAUUGACAGAAGGUGGGUUCGGGAUAUAACGCACACCUGGACUCGGUACAAAAAAAAAGGCUCUGUGUAUGUGUGUGUGUGUGUAUGUGUGUGUGUGUAUAUGCGUGUGUGCGCGCGCGUGCGUGUGUGGGUUUUUUUUUUUUUCCUUGUAGUGAUUUAGGGCGACUUUUUAAACUAGUAAAAGUAUAUCUGAGAUCAGGAUGGCGAGCAUAGGACUGGCCGUGAGCGGCCCGAACACGGAGGAGAGGGCGGUUUUUGCGCAGCUGAAGCCUGUGCGGAUGUCGAGCGCAGACGGCGGGGACGAUUCGUCCGUGUUCGAGGACGUCAAACCCACGAACCCAAUGGAGAUGGAUAAAUAUUUGCCCCAAAACGGGCCUCUGCCAUCCACAACCCUUACAGACAAAAAGUACCGCAGGGAAAGCGCCUCCGUAGUGGACGAGUACUUCGCAGAUGAAAAGCCAGCGCCGUACAGCCUUAACAUCAACGUCAUCCUACCCAACACCACCCAUCUUCGCACCGGGUUGUACCGUCCAACCAAACCGGUGUCUCAGAUCAAAACAGAGCCGGGGAUAGAGGCGUCCUGCAACAUCCAGACGCUCCCCAACUUCACGUCUGUCUUCAGUGUGCCACAGACGGUCGACAACCUGUUCAUUAAACCCAACAUGACCGCCGCCGACGAGCUCCACAUUGGCCCACAGCAGCCGCAGGUCUACCAGAUGGCCAUCAGCAGCAGCAACCUCACCUCCAUGACUUUCUCCAACAGCCAGCAGGUGAACGGGGCGGGCAGGACCAUGCUCAACCUGAACGCAGUGGCCCUGACCACACCGUCGGGUGACUUUGUGAUACCGGACCAGUUCUACCAGCAAGCACAACCCCACAGCCUGCCGCCCUCGCCCCCCAACUCGCAACCAGGUAGCCCUGAGAAUCAAGCCGAACUCAUUAGCACAGUUCCUCCUCCUCCGCCUUAUCAGACCCAAAUGGGAGUAAAGGGGGCACAGAUGAGCCAUCACUCCGUGUUAAUGACUCACGGACAAGGCAUCCUCACCGGCCCCAGGUACAACCGGAGGAAUAACCCCGAACUAGAGAAGAGAAGGAUUCACCACUGCGACUUCCCAGGAUGCACCAAGGUUUACACAAAAAGCUCCCACUUGAAAGCGCACCAAAGGACACAUACGGGCGAGAAGCCGUACCGCUGCACUUGGGAUGGAUGCGACUGGCGUUUCGCCCGAUCAGAUGAACUGACACGGCACUACAGAAAGCACACGGGAGCCAAACCCUUCAAAUGUGUCGCGUGCAACCGAUGCUUCUCGCGCUCGGACCACUUGGCGCUCCACAUGAAGAGGCACCAAAACUGAGUGGUCCCCAUUUUUGUUUUAUUAAAAAAAAAAAAAAAAAUUAAAAAGCUUUUUUCUUUUUUUUUUCUUUUUUUUUUUUU